CUCCCCUCUAUCUAUCCUACUUCUUAUCCACUCAUCCAUCCGCGCAUUCUGGCUGCUCCGACCGACGACUCACCACUCCACCCCUCCCCCCCAGCCAUGCCCCUCCACGCCGACCGCCCCAUUGUGCGCGUCGAACACGAUUCUAUGCGCUCCAUUGAAACCAGGAACCCCGAGAAUCUGUUUGGUCUCUGGUCCGUCUUUUCAAAGUGCUCUCCAGUCCUGCAAGACGGACGAAGAUACGAAAAUAUCGCCUGGCGCCUUUGGGGUCGGGAAACGCAGUGUUGCCUGCCCGAUCAUCCUGCUCUCCCCACCUGGUCCCUGGAGCGCUCGACCAGCGACGAUCCACCCGAGCUGUCUUCUAGCGUGGCUUCCGACGACUCUACAUCCGCCACCACCCCUUCCAACUGCUCCUCUCGUCCAGACUUGCGCCGCAACGACUCAAUCAACAGCCAGGCCCGCAGCAAGCACAUUACCCCAAUUGACCUGGAAAAAGUCGUCAAUUCGAUACAAGAGAAGCGCACCAUAGAGCCGCUCUCUCCUCUGCCCACCCAGCUCGCCCCAACCGUCGACGACACCACCCCGGUCCAGAACCAGGACUGCACCUCUCGACCCGCCGCCUCAUCUCCUGUCACCGCACCCGCCUGCCACAUCCAGGAUUCCACUUCGACUGUGGCAACCACCAUGGCCACCGAUGCUGCGAGCCCCCCUGUAGGCUCCGAUGUCUCCACCUCUACCGACUUGAGCGUUCACAGCGUUGUCCACGGCUUCGCCCCCGGAAAAGUCUCCACCUCGAUACGCUCAAGUACAACCAACCUCAACCCCACCCCCAUCCUCAAAAACAGCUUCGUCCCGAGGCCGCCUCCCUCCAAAGCGGAGCCCAUGAAGAAGAAGCAACCCAUGUUCACGCUUGGUGGAUCUUCGGAUGAGGACCAAAGCAGCUCCCUCGAAGCCUACUCCUUGGCUAAACGCAGUUCCUUGUCGGACAACCUGAAAAGGUCUGGUCUCGGUAAGAAGACUGCUUCGUUUAAGAACGAAGUGGCAACACGCACUUUCCAGGAUAUCAUGUCCGAGGAGAGCGAGGCCAUGGAGAGCGCUAUUGAGAGUGAGAGCGACGAGGAGUCGGAUGAUAAUGCCAUUGAGGAGGAGGACAGCGACGAGGGCGAUUGGGAAGACGACAACGAGGAAAGCGUUCCUCCCAGCGAAGAUGAGAGGCCCAUGUUCCAGCGGGUCGACUCGAAGCCAAACCUCGUCUCCCGUCGCUCGCUCCUCACCACCAUGAUGCAUCAGGGUGAUCGUGCACAGGCGCUUCAGAAUGCUGCCUCACGCUCCCAGCCCGCCAUCCGGAGAUCCCGGACGAGCACACCCAACGGUCCAUCCACAGGAAGCUCCCCCCAGGAUGACAAUGGCGGUGGCUUGAUGAUGCGACAGCAGGCAUCGCGCUCCAAGCCCAUCAUCAUGACCACAUCUAAUGUACACCCACCCAUGCUCUCUCCUCGCACCACUCGCCGCAACAUGCUCCAGACCGAACUCACUCAAUCGCUCCGGCAGAAUCUGCUUUGGGAGCGGCAGCAGAAGAACUCGGCCAUCAACGCGGUCAACAAGCGAGUCCAGAGUGCUGCCUCUAUCCCGGCACUGCGCCGGGCCAUGACCACUAAUGACAUCAAGGGCAUGGAGGCCAACGCGGACCGCAACAUGAUCCAAAACAUGACCAAGUCGUCCGUCGUCUACAAAGACAACACCAAAAACAACAACUCCUACAACGACUACUUUGACCAAGGACUCCAGGAGUACCAUCAAAAGGGCUGGUGA